AUGGCGCGCCGCGGCGGCGGCGCGGUGCCGAAGGGCCCCGGCCCGGCGGCGGCGGCGGAGCGGCAGCGGCUGAAGGAGGCGCUGGCCGAACAGCUCCGGCAGGACCUCGGCAGGCUGCUGGCGGAGGGGACCCACUCCGACGUGACCUUCCAAGUAGGCGACGAGGAGAUGCGGCUGCACCGGGCGGUGCUGCUGGCGCGGGCGCCGCUGAUCUGCGAAGAUCUGGCGGGGGGACACCUGCAGCUGGACGGCGUGGAGCCAGCGGAGUUACGGGAAUUCCUGCGGAUUCUAUAUUCAUCUGAUAUAAAUCUUAACGAAACUGAGGAGCUGUUUAUGAAUAAAAUACAAGAAAGCAACACUACUAUUCUUCAGAAGGCUCAAAAAAAUGUAAAUUGUCUUGGACAAAGCAGAAGAACACCAGUUGAUCAGAAUACUCCAAGUGGAGCUGUGCAGAAAGAAGUUGUUUGUUUGUCUGGUAUUGAGGAAGAAAUUCCAGAAGCAAUCACUGAUGCAGAAAGCGUUGAAGCUGCUGCAGGUAAUUCCAAAGUAGAAACUGCGUCUGUGUUAGGACAAGACUUACUGAUGCUCUACAAGAAGUGCUGUUGUCCUGAUAUUAAUAUUUGCGUAGAAGGCAAAGAUUUUCAAGCUCACAGGGCCAUUUUAUGUGCCAGAUCUAGUUACUUUGCUGCUAUGCUGAGUGGAAGUUGGGCUGAGAGCUCUCAAGAGCACAUCACUCUUCAAGGCAUAAGCCAAGCAGAAAUGAAUGUCAUCUUGCAUUUUAUAUAUGGAGCUAUUUUGGACUUCCCAGAUGAAGUUGAUGUUGGUCGCAUGUUGGGCAUUGCAGACAUGUAUGGGCUGGAUGGACUAAAAGAAGUAGCUAUCUACAUUUUGAAAAGAGAUUACUGCAAUUUUUUCCAAAAGCCUGUUCCUGGCAAAGAGCAACCGGUACUAGAAUGCAUGGCUAUUGCUCAUUCAUUGGGAGUGGAAAACCUAUAUGAUGCCUGCAUGAAAUGGGUAGGAAAACAUUUUGCAAGAUGUUUUUCAGAGAAAAGCUUUGCCAAUUUACCUACUGAACUUCAGAACAAUUGUCUUGUUAUGUUGAUUAACUCUUUGAACCACAAGAAUGCUGCUUUGCGAUUGAUGGAGAGUGACCGGCUGAUCAAUAGCCUUCCCCGAGUGAAAUGGACAGAGACAGCUGUGGCCUUGGCAUCACGGCUACAUGAGGAAUGUGUAACCUUUAUUGUUGAAAACUUCCUACACGUGGUACAAAGUGAAGGCUUCUCUGUUUUGUUGCAGGCACAGGCAAUGAGCAGCAAACCUGACCUUCUAGAACUAAUUUCCAAUGCAAUUGAAAAAAGCAUUAAUAAUGAAAAUAGCUGCUUUCUUCUUGUAGCAGUGGAUAUGUUGCUGGACUCCACAAAUGUGAAGGAGAUGGGUUUUACGUGCAAGAUCCAGGCGCUGCGUGAUAAGCUCUGGGUCUUCCUGGUUCAGUCUUUUUAUGCUGUUCGUCACACAGAAGGCUGGAAGCUGCUGGGGCCAGACCAUCAACACAAAAUACAAGCAGCUGCGUUUGACAAGGGUGAUGACCGAAGACUUGGCAAAAAACCUGUAUUCACCAGUUCUCAGCUAAAUAAAACUACUACAUCUCUUGGUAUAAGGAAUACUUCCUGGGCAGAACACAGCAAGAAAGAUUGCUGGGGAGAUUCUUCCACUAAUCAGGAUAAAAUGAAAUCUGAUGGAUUAGGAGCAUCUGGACAUGCAUCCACCAAUAGAAACACUGUUAAUAAGACUUCAAAGCAUGAGGAUGUAAAGGGGAAAGAUGGCAAAAAAUUAGUUUCCAAGAUUACUAAGGAUUCCAAGCCUGGGGAAAAAGCUGUUUUGCCAAAGGCUAGAGCUGUCAUAAAGACAAAAAUAGAAAAUAAUGGAAAUUUGAAGGCUGAAAGCAUGCUUACCAAGCAAGAUAUAGAAAAGACAUCAUCUGCAAGUGGACAAAAAAAUUCAGGAAGCAGCAAAGGACUAAAGAAUCAUGAAGGAAAAAUUGCAGGUGCCAGACCUAAAGUGCUGACAGUAACCUCAAGCAUGCAGAACAAAACAAAGCCAUUGAAAAAAGCCACAGGGAAGGAAUCUCCCUCCUUGGUGACUGUGGCAGCAACUUCCAGCAAGUCAGCAAAUUCAAACAUGGAUAUCCAGACUGUGGGUGAACAGACAGAGGAACCCAAAGAGGAUAGAUCAGUAGAGGAAGGGAAAAAACAGACUGUAGUGAAAACAAAGGCAUCUGUGAAGGUAUCAAAUGGAGUCACCACCAAAAAAAAAAAGACUGAACUUGAGGCUAAUGCCACAACAAGCAGUCUGACAAAAAAAACAACAGGAAAAGGGUGUAAUGAGCAAAAUGUACAAGCUGUUCUAAAGAAAAAAGGGAAUGUGAGUACGAAUUCUGCAGCACAGCAGAAGACUCAAAACACACCUACCAAUUCUCCCAAGAACCAAGGACCUCAGGGGGAAUCACCAAAUUCACUGAAAUCAGGAAUGUCUCCAAAACAUAAUGAAGAAAAAAAUGUGUUACAACACCUGGUUCAGACAACACUCCCAGAAAAACAUCCUUCAGCUAAGAAGAAGAGCAUUAAACAAUCACAAACACCUGUAACAAAAGCCACUUCAAAAACAACACCUAAGACUCUGGCUUCAUCUAAGAAUGCUGAGAUUACAAAUAGUAAAGACCCAAAACAGAAAACAGCUGUAUUAAAAUCUCAGUCCUCUGCCCAAAAGCAUUCAAGGAGUGAUUCUCCUGUUGUGCAGAAGAAUGUGCACAAAGAUUCAGGAGAGAAACUUGAGAAAAACACGGCUGAUGCUGUGGCAGGUCAACUUCAUGACAAUAAUGAAUGCUAUUCUGCAAAUGAUUCUCUAAAACCUGCCAAAAGUGGCAGUGACAAUAAAUUGCUGGAGUCCUGUCAGUCCAAUAAACAAAAAUUACCGGAUUCUUCUGAAACUGUGCAAUACGAAAUACAACCCAAAUCUUCUUCUCCUCAAAAGGCAGAAGAAAUUAUUUAUAAACAAAAUGUUUCACUACAAAAUGACACGGAAACAAGACAAAUCUGUGGAGAUCAGACUGGAACUAGAAAGACUGAAGAUCCAGAGAAAGAUGGUAAUACAGCUGAAUUUCACUGUCACGUACAGACUUCCAAUGAUGGAUAUUCAGACUUUUCCAAGGAAACCAGUCAAAAGGCUAUUGUUUUAGGAGAACUGGUGAAAGAUUCAAAAACAACAAAAGUCUGUAAUGAACAGAGUGAUAAAAUAAACUCUGAAACAGGUCUUAACUAUGGUGAAAAUGCUUUGUCAAGCUUCUCCCAAGUUACCGAUAAAGAGGAUGAGACGUCAUCUCCUCAGAUCCAUGUGGAAGGAUUUCUUACAGUUGAUGAACUGUGUGAUACAUUAGCCUUGACUGAAUAUAAAUCAGUUACAACAGAUUUAGAUGAUGCUUCAGAAUGUUCCACAGAACAAAUAACAGAAAAAUAUUCACCUAAUUAUACAGAGCUUAUAGAGCCUAUGGAAAUGCCAGAAAACCAUGAAAAUGCAGAAAUUCCCUUUGUGGACCACUGGAGUACUGGUGCCGUAGAUCCAAAAGAGAGUCCUGAAUCAGAUACCGGCAGUGCAACCACAUCCUCUGAUGAUAUAAAACCAAGAUCAGAGGAUUAUGAUGCUGGAGGCUCUCAGGAUGAUGAGGGAUCCAAUGAAAGAGGGAUUUCUAAAUGCAGUACUAUGUUAUGUCAUGAUUUUCUUGGAAGAAGCAGCAGUGACACAAGUACACCUGAGGAAUUAAAAAUUUAUGAUAGCAGCCUAAGAAUAGAAGUGAAAAUGAAAAAAGAGGGUUCUGAUCUCUUCCGUGUUAAUUCAACAAGUGAUGAUGAAAUACCAAGAAAAAGACCUGAAAUUUGGUCCCAUCAAGAGAGUUCACGGACCACUACCAGAGAAAGCAAAAGUUCUACUUUUGGUAAUGCACAGUUUACUCAGGAAGCAGACCAAGUUUCUUCUUCUGCCGAUGAAACAGAAGAUGACAGAUCUGAAGCAGAGAAUGUUGCAGAAAACUUUCCUCCAUCAAAUGUUCCUGCUCAACAGUUCCAAGGAAUUGAUAAUUUAGCUUUUGAGGAUGCAACAGAAAAUGAUACUGCAAGUCAGGAGUUUUCUAAAACUAAAAAUUUCAAACGAUCUGUUUUACUUUCAGUAGAUGAAUGUGAGGAAUUGGGAGCUGAUGAUAAAGUGGAAACUCACACUUCACGUCAGCACUCAAUAGAUUCACUUACUCCUUCAGAAGUAUUUGACAGUGUUUCUCAAGAGCACCAUGGAAAGACAUUUUAUUCAAGAUACUCAUUGGAAACUGAAGAUGGAUUCCUGGAUGGCAAACAGCACAAGGAUAGAGACAGUAGAUCAGAUAAAAGUGGAAGUUCUCUCCUGCAUCUCCACGGUACUGAAAUCCCAGGAAAGGAGAAUCAAGGUGCUUCAAUGACUGAACAAAAUUGCCUAGAUAAAGUAUAUUUAGUAGGUAGUCCACAUCCAGGAGAAAACCAGCAAGUAAAUAUGAAGAAUGAGGUGGCUAGCGAAUUUCACCAGUGCUUAGAUAAUAAGUACUUAGAUAAUGAUGCAAAAUCUCAAGAAAGACCGUGUCAUCUGGAUCUUCAGCAGAGAGAAACUAAUUCUGAUGUGCAAAAGAGCAGCUCUGCAAAACCUGUAGAAGCCAGUAAGAAUCAGAUGCUGACUCAGGAAAGUCAAGUGAGAGACAGUCAACCAGCAACUACCGAAUGCGCUAAUACUGAUUUACUUCCAGGAGACAUAGAUGAUUAUGACACAAUGGCACAAACCUGCAUAUAUGAACAUCGGCCUUCAAAAACCCUUUCUCCAAUAUAUGAGAUGGAUGUUGGAGAAGCAAUUGAGCAGAGGAUGGAUUCAGAAACAGCAGUUCUAGAGAUGGAUUUUGAAGAUCAACAGUUUGCAGAACAGGACUGGACUCUACUCAGGCAAUUGUUAUCUGAGCAGGACGCAAAUAUAGAUUUCAAAAACUCUGUUCCUGAAGACCUUAACUUAGCACAAUGUCUUAUAAAUCAGACACUGUUUCUGGCACGAGAUGGAUCGAAUCCUCAGGGUACCUCACAAGUUGACACACUCAGCAGGUGGACUGAACUCAUGUCUCCACUUGACGAUUCCUCAGCAAGCAUUACAGUGGCAAGCUUUUCAUCUGAAGACUGUUCAUCCCCUCAAGGGGAAUGGACAAUUCUUGAACUGGAAACCCAUCAUUAAGGUGUCAGCUGUUUGCAACUGAACUCCAACCCAUUCCCCAAAUCUAUUUUUGAUGAGUUGUUUCCAUACCGUAAUGAAAUACUGCAUCAGUCAAGAACGAUCAAUUCUUGAUACUGAGGCAAUCUUUCUGAUAAAAUGAGGUAAAUAUGUUAACUUAUCAUCUAGUUUUAAACACAAGUACAAUAAUUUUUCAAGACUUAAAUGUAUGUCUUUUCUAAAAAUGAACUUUGAGCAUGUAUUUUCUAGAAUUGUUAGAAAAACUAGAUGACAUGAAAGAAAAGUCUGGGUUUCCACCCUCUCUUUUAUCUUCUUUUUUGACAUUUAAUGUUCUCAUUGAUCAAAAAUUUAAAGAUGAAUGCACUAUUAGUAGAGCUAUUCCUCUCCUUCCCCCCCCCCAGUAUGGUGACUUACUUCAUUUUACAACAAUAAAGAAUCAGAAUGGUUGUGUCAAAAGGUGAUGUGUGCCAACACUGCUUUAACUGACAGAAAAACAUGCUUACAUUCAAAGAAAAUGUUUCAAUCUGAAUCUGCCUUGGGCCUUAUUAAAAUGAGCAGCUUUCAUCUGUUUCUUCCAGAUUUGAUUUUUGUAUUUUGGUUUGUUUUGUUUAGAAGUUUCCAAUAAAUUUUUAAUUGUCUUUUCUUCAAAUAUAAGACUUCAGGGGGUCUGUGCUGUAUGAAGACCAUUGUUUCUUUCAUGAAAAUGCACAUAUUUAAGUAAAUAUUUUAAAUGGCAUGGUGCAUGAAUUCAAAGGAGUUGGUAGAAUGUGGCUCCUGCUCUAAAAAACAGCAUGUCUGAUGUCUUCAAAAGUACAUCUGAAUCUGAAGUUGUGGUCAGUGUUACAUCUGAAGUUUGAUGUUAACUUAGAAUUACCUUCAGACAUUAAUUAAUUAUACUUGCACGUUCUCAUGCUGAGGAAUAGCAAGAUUCUCAGGAAUUUGGUUUUGUGUGUUUUCAUAGAUGCCACAUUUUUGAGAGUGGUAAUAGGAUUCUUGCAUCUUAUUAUCUCUAGUGUAGCUUUUAUAAAUUGAGAUUAAAUGUCACCAUAACCUUUCUUUUGACUCAUAGUGAAAUAGGAUAUACAGAUAUUUUUGCUGCUUUUCUCUCUUUGGGUGUGGCUAGGACUGAUUAUUGUCUUUUCUGAUUGACAGGGGAGGAAGGAGUGAGAAACCUUUUGUAAUUCUUACCAAGUCAGAACUCCUGAAACAUACAGGGUUUUUUUCCCUGCAAAGGUUGGACCCUCUUAAGAUACCUGCUCUACAAGUAGAGCUUGUCUUUCACACAGCUUAAAAUCUAAAAAGGAAGUUUUCUACCUCCUCUUAGUCAUUAACAGAAGUGCCUUCAGAAAUGGGUGCCACAUAGGAGUAAAAGGCUACUAACAUUCUAUUUGGGUUGAAACUAUCUAAGUACACAACUUAAGCUGACUGUAACCACUGAUAACAUGGUCAGUUUUGCAAGCUUUUGCACAAUUCCAGCAGUGCACCUUAACUUUCCUGACAAACUUCAUUUCUUUUUGUUCAUAGUCAGAAACUCAGUUCUGUGGGAACAUAAACUUGCCCUAGUGUAUGAUUAAAGAAGUUACGAUGUUGGAUUUGACAGAAUAAAGGUCUGUGAGGCAAAAUAAUUUAUCUAGCAAGGCACUUUGUUGAAUUUCUGGUACAAAAGUAAAAGUAAUAAUUUAUUCUCAAAAUGAAUGGAGGAAGAAUUUUAUCUUGUUCUUUAAUAGCUUUUAGCAGCAGCAUAAAUAGUCUGAGAUAUUGUAAUUCAAAAUAUUUUCAGUGUAAUAAUCUGUAUUUAACCCAGUCUUCAUAUUGAGGGAGUUAGAACAACCUUUAGAAGUGCAAAACAUCAAGAAAACCUAUUUUUCACCUUCAGCGUUAACAAGGUACGUCAAUAGGUGAUAAUCUUUUUGAUAAAAUAAAGAACUAUAGUACUAAUAAAGAACUAUAGUACUGGCCAUAGUAAAAGAUGAAGCUCAAGAGAGGCUCCUACAGAAGGCUAAGGAAUAGUGUUUUUCAAUAUCUGUGUAAAGCACUAAGGUAAAAGUUGUUUACCAAAAAAUUUAAUCAACUUUAAAAUCCUGAUGAUAGUGGGCUUUCAUAUGUUAAAAAAGAUGAAGUGGUGGAAAGGACAAGUGACAAAAAGUGAAAGCAGGGAUCCUUCUGUCCAUUUUUUGCUUUGCCCAUAUUUUUAACUUCUUACUGAAUUGAUAAAGUGACACUGAAAAUUGACACAAAAUUUCAGAUUUAUUGUAUGAAAUACAAUCACAUAUAGGGUUUUUUAAUUGUAGUUUUUGUCUUUGCAUUUACUUUUUCAGUUGUAUCAAAAUUAAAUUAGCUUCUCUGUUCAAGUCCCCAAUGAUGUUGCAAUUCCUUUAACAGUUUUGCAGCAGACCACAGAUUAAGUUAUGGUAUUGUUCAGAUGGUACAUAGGCAGCCAUAGAAUUCAGCUUCCCACAGCCUAAUAGUGUCUGUAGAAGUAGCAGGAAUAGAAAGUGGUAUUGUUUUUAAUUCACGUUACUGGAGUGCCUGUGAGGCUUAAUCAGACCAGCAUCCCACUGGCUAGACAUUGUACAAACAAAGAGUAAAAACAAAGACUUUCCACAGAGUGGUUAGAAUCUGAGAUAAGACAAAAGGAAAAAGAAAAAAUGCACAUGAAUGGAAAAGUAAAAUGAGAGUGUCAAUAUUUGUCUAGCUGAUUAGCAAUGGUUUCAGCACAUCCUCAGUUCAGUCAUUUUUUUCUUCUGUAUGCAUUAUAAGAAGGGGAAACUUUAGGGUGAGAUUUUGAAGGCUGGUUAAUGAGGGAGCUGGAAGAAUGUAUAUUUCUGACUAGCCUGGUGUGCUGCCUAAAUGGUUUGACCUCAUUCAGGAGAAUAUUCAAGCUUUAAGCCAGUUGUAGGUAGCCAUUUGUUUAAUUGUAUCAGUCACUUGAGUUCUUUGGAGUCCUUCUCAUACCUCCUGGCAGUGAUUUUAUCACUGUAUUCACCUCCUCUCCAAAAGAUGAGAGAACGGAUAAAUGUUUGUUUGAAAACUUCAUAGAGAAACAAUCAGAGCUGGUGCCAUGGGCUCCAAGUGAAUAGUGAUGAUGAGCUCCUGAAAGACCUCUAAAGCAAAGACAAGGUAGAUAAAUCUGAGGAAACAGUGAAAAGGCAUCAGUGAGGAAACUAAAAAGAUGGCAUAGUCAGAAUACUACCUUUGCAGUAGUAUUUGGAAUAAGAGCAGUGAAAUUGCUUUGUCAAAGCCUGAGAAGACCAGGUUGCAGUUAACAGGUCAAAGUGACAGCUUACCUGAGAUUGUUCUGUGAAUGGGCAAAGUUGUCUGUAUCCUACAGACAGUAACACCACAUUUAGUAAAGUAUCAGUGAAAUUUAAAGGAGAGGACUUGGAAAUCAGUCUCAGAUACUGACCCUGAUUUGGCCUACCUUGAAUGACAUGUUAAGAAAGUGAAAAAUAAACAAGUUUUACAUGUAGGAAUGUAUUAAAUUGAAAAUAGACUCCAAAAGUGAUAUCUAUAGGCAUAAUUACUCCCCACACACACACACACUUGGAAAGUUAAGAGUCUAGUCUGAACUGGAGAAGCAGCUCUGCAGGGUUUUUACAUAUAGGUAAUAGCUAAAAUUGUAUUUGUGGAGUAAGGUACCAACAGACCUACUGCAGACAGAAAAUGGAAGGCCAAAUGCUUGGAACCAUAUAGGAAAGUGAGGACGGGGGAAGUUCUUCCAAAUAAUCUAUUAAAAAAGAAAAUUAGGGAAGCAAAGGAAAUAAAAAGAUGGAGAUAGAAGUCAAAUGAGGAUGAGAGGAUUUAAGGAAAACUGCACCAGUGGCUUCACUGAACACAGUCCACAAGGCAGAUGAGUAUAAAAUAUCAGUUUUGGGGUUGAUUAGGAAAGUGUUCCUAGGGGCUAUGGUCAAAAUGAGAGAUUGUCCCACAGAGUCAAAGGCAAGAGACAGCAGUUUGGUAGAGCCUGACAGAACUGCAGGAAGGACACAGCCUAACCACUAAGAGAGAAACAACAGUUAGAAAAGCAGAUCAGUUAAUAAUAUAGUUUGGGUUGCUUUUUCAAUGCAUGAGAUUUUACCAUGUUUAUAUAGUGUAGCAAAAGAAGUGCAGAGGCUGAGACAUACAGUGAAGAUCAGAAGAGAUAAGUAAGCAUGAAAUGAGAUCAGCAGGCAGUCUGGACUGCUACAAGUGAUCAGAUAAGUGCAUAAAACCCCAGACAUCUGCUUUUGUGACAUAGGGGUAAUGGAAAGGACACUUCAUAAAUUCUUAAGUUUUUCCCUUAGAAAAGCUUCCAGAAUCAAAGAAUUACAGAAAAAAUUCAGAAAAAUCAUAGCAAUACAGGGAAAUGCAGGCUUGAACUGACCUCUGAAGGUCUGUAGUCCAAUCUCCUACUAAAAGCAGGGGCAACUCCAAAGUUAGAUCAGGUUCUUAGGGCCACAUCAAUGUCCAUAGCAUAUGAAAUGAUAAUAAAGUCGGCAGGCAGAAACACAAUGCUCAUGAGAAACAGAUAUUUGAGAUUAAACUAUUCUCAUUAUAAUAAAACUACUUGGGGUGUCAUUGGAAAAUAUUAAUAUUUCUGUACAAGAAAUAUGGCUAGCUUGCAAUGCUUUUAAGUUUGGAUGAUAUGUGACCGAACUGUUUGUGUUUAAUAAUCUUAUUCCAUACUUUUUAAAGUUUUAAAUUAUUUCAAAAUUAUACUCGAUUUUUGAGAUGGCAGAUUUUGUUAUUAUUUUAGAUGAACUAGGGCAAGAGAACUUCCCAUGUUUCUCACAAAGAUUGUCCCUAGGAUGUGUUCCCCUAGAAUUGUCUAUCAGUUUGUUUCAAGGAAUAUGUUUUUUAAAAAAAUCACAUACCUGUUCUACAUGUUGUAGGAGACUAUUUUAUAUAUAUUUCAAUAUUUCAAUAUAUAUUAUUGCCAUCUAGAAAAUAGUAAGUAGCAGGCUCAUUCUACUUGCUCCAGAAAACCUAAACCUUUGCAUGAAGGAGAUAAGAACUGCUCUUAUGUUGUUCAUCUGUUGCUCAGAACAAAGACAUUUAGGAAUUCAUUAUUUUGCUUUCACUAAUGUCAAAAAAACCUCUUGCUGACCUCAGCUGAAUCAGGUUCAGGGCUCAUCUAUAUUAAUGCAUGUACUAGAAAUGCUAUUUUUCCAAUAUAUCUAUUUUGUAGUUUUCUAGUUUUACUCUACUAAUAAUAUUGUACAAUUGUAGGUAUGACAAAUUACAGCUAGAAAGAGUUCAAUUUAGGAGUCAUAAUUGUAUGCAUUCUGUUAAUAUUUCAUGACUGGGGUGAUUUAACAUUUGUACAUUGAUGGAUGACGUUCUUGCCAGGACUACACAGGAACAGAGGACGAAAGAUAAAAUGAGAAGUAUUGCAGCUUUAUUACAACAGAUUAUUCUCUGGAAAUGGGCUUUUAGAUCUGAAAUCAAAUAUAAUUAGAAGCUUUCAUCUCUUGCAGAAAAUCCAUACAGAUUUUCAUUUUUCUCUCUUCAACAAAAGCUCUAUGUGAUUUUUUUUUUUUUUUUUUAAUAUCCAAAAAGUUGAACUUUCCAAAGUUUAAUGUUCAACUUGGGAAAAAUUACAGCUCAAAUGUCUUCCUUAGCUAAUUUAAAACCUAGCUUCUUCCUAUUGACAACUACUGUGUGUUUAAGGAAACUAAACCUGUAACAGAGAAAAGUGAUUUAUCUAAAAGCUGGAUAUCAACUGGGGAAAAAUACUGAGUUUGGCAAUUUCUUUGGUUUUUUACAUUUGGUAACUAAAACCAGAAGUUAUACAGAGCAGGCAUGCACACACCUGUUUAUUUCUUGCAUUUGACUUUCAUUUCAUACUUCUCUUUGCAAUCUGCACUGCACACUCCAUUAAGCCACAGUUCUGCAAACACAGAAGUGAAUCCACAGCCACAUCUGCAGAUCAGCUUUCAGCUUAACAUUCUCUUUUCAGAGAGGGUAAUGGAGCUGACACUGGGGGCAGGCACUGUGCAUACUUGUGUUUUUAUACGGUACUCAGCUUAAUGAGGUUCUAAUCCUGAUGAAAUCUGGAUGCAGUUAAAGUAUGAAAUAAUAAUGGAAUUCCAUUAAAUUGCUUCCCUGUUCUCCUUAAAUGAUUGUUCAGAAGACUGUCCAGACAGAGAAAUCGAAGUCCUAAGAAUAUGACUUUUUGCAUUACAUGCAACAAGAGUUCUUUAUUGUACAGUAAAAUAUGAUUACAUAUCUUCAAUAACUCAAACCUCAAUAUAUGGAGGGUCUGGCUAUUACUCAGUAACUAGAUACAUUUAACAAGGACACUGAUGUUGAAAAUAGGGUUUGUAUACUUCCAGAUGAUGACUGGACUAGAGUGUGUAUUCUGGUGAACCUUAACAGAGGUUCACAUGCACAAAUUUGUUAUAGCCCAGUUAUCCAGGUAGCCCAUCAUACUUUGCAUUUAUGCACUCAAGUGACAGUGACUACUCUUUCUCAGCUCUAACUGAAGUUAGUGUGAGUGGUAUCAGAUGCACAUUUAUAAAGAUCACUUUAUUUAAGUGUCUGGACAGAAAGACUAGUUACUGGAGUAAAAAUUUAGGCCCACAUACUUUAAAUGUAUAAAACACUUUUGAGACUGAUCUCACCAACUUACUUUAACCUACAAUAUCCUCACCUAUGCAAUCCUUAUGUAGGAAUUUUUCCAAUUUUCUUACAGUUAUGCUAAUGAAAUAAUUUUCGUUCUUCACUUUUUUUUUUAAUAACCCUCUUUUGGAUGUGGCAUGACAUCCUGUCAGUAGAGUUAUAUCAGUGUGCUUAAAAUCAAUACAGAUAGGACAACCCUGUGUACAUGCCAGAUUCAGUAGGUAGUAUCAAAACUUUUUGUGACUUUCACAGAAUGGGGUAAUAGCCAUGAACAAGAGACCCACCUUAAAGUCAAACUUCCUACCUGUAACAAAAUCUCCUCCUGUAUCUGUACAGAAAAAAAUCCUUCAAUCUCUAUUUUCUGGAUUAUCACGUUCUAGUAACCAAGAUUAAUCCACUAUAUGGAUAAUGGGAUGCAUAUGGAGAAACGUUUGAGUCACUACCUGUAGUCCAUGGUUUUAUGGUCCUAGAAUAUUUUGAUGACUCAAUCCUGUGGAGGGGAGGGUGUUAAGCUCUCAAACUGAAUGCUUGCAUGUUUCCCACCUGCUUGCUUUCCAACCUUAGAUAAGGAGCUCGGGCCUAAGUAAUCCUAUUUUGAAAUGAUUUCUUGUCAACAUGGUGCUCUGUUUCCAGAAUAUCUGUAUGGUUGCACAGUCCCACAACCUUUCUUC